AAGGCUACGCUAGGCCCAAUGUAGCAAUACCCGGCGCCGUUGACGAUCCGCAGCCGCCGAAGGAAGCGCCAAGACGCUGUGCUCAACUUCUCCCUGCCGCGCUCCGCCUUCAUGAUGGUAAUUAGUGAUUCAGUGCAUCGUCAUAGCAAGCUGGUCUAUGCAACUUCAAACAUGAACUCAGCGUUUCUGGCAAUAUGUACCGCCAUAUCACUCUCAUGCUUACCAUCCCCCGUAUAAUAGCACAGCCUUACGCGGAUUACGAGCCGAUUAAUCCUUUGGUCAGCUACGAAGUACCAGAAGCAGUAGCAGAUACCCAUCACAGCCUACCUCAUUUCAUGUCUAGUACUUGGAUCGACAUGAAGCAGUUUGGCUGUCAAAUACGCUUACUGGAGGUUACAACAAGAAUGUUUAGCUAUUUAAUAGGGCUAUCUGCCCUUCCAAAAUGUGCUCAUUUCGUCCUUAUUCAAGCACACAAAAUUUCCAACUGUUGCCUGUCCCAUCUCUACUCCUGCCCACUCAGCGAGCACAAUGCGUUUAUCACGCACUUUCCUUUCUAUUUGCUUCCUCGCCUGUGGCCUCGCCUCGCCUGUGACCACUUCAGGCCGCAAUCAAUCAGAGGGGAAAAUCUCCUGGGGCCCGUGUGAUAUUAACGCUACUCUGCCUAUUCAAUGCAGUAGCCUAGGUGUUCCACUCGACUAUACCGACUCAAGAUCAAAUGCAACCCUUAACCUUCAACUGCUGAAGGUCCCUGCAAUCAAUGGCCCUAGCAAGGGAAGCAUUCUAUUCAACUUUGGCGGACCGGGCUUUGGGGCCAGGGAGAACCUAGCGGGUUCAGCUAAGAUCCUUCAAACCUUGACGGGCGGGCAUCAUGACCUUAUCGCCCACGACCCACGUGGAACCGAGACUACUCUCACAUUUUCUUGUUUUAAAGACAAUAAUGAGAGAUUAGCUGCUUUCUCUAAUGCACGAUAUGAAGAGUUGCUAUCACCGAACGAACGUGCUUCUUUGGGGAGGCUCUGGUCAACCGCAUCCAUCUUCGCUGAUAUAUGCGAUCGAUAUCCUGAGUCUAAUCAGCGAGGGAAACUUAUAAGUACUGCAUUUACUGCCCGAGACCUGAUGCAGAUUGUUGACGCAUUGGAAGAAGAUGGCCUACUGCGAUACUGGGGAUUAUCAUAUGGCACAGUUCUUGGAGCUACAGUGGCGGCCAUGUUCCCAGAGAGGAUCGAUCGAAUGAUUAUCGACGGUGUUGUCAACUUCCACGACUACUAUAAUGGCUAUGAUAUCGAAGUAUGGGCGGACACGGAUAAAGUGUUUUCUGCUUUCCUUCAACAGUGUGUUAAGUCUCCAGGCGAGUGUGCGUUAGCUCGCCCAGGCUUAACAGCCCCGCAUCUGGAAGAGUCGAUAUAUAAUCUCCUCGAUAAUAUCAAGUACCAACCACUUGUGUUCAACAAUACCUUGAUUGAUCAUAGUGUGGCCAAAAACCUGAUCAGACCGAACUUGUAUGCUCCACCAACAUGGCCACUUCUGUCAAGGGCUUUGGAAAACCUACGAACUGGUAACUUGAGUGGUUUUAUGGAGAAUUCAAUAUCUCUUUCUCCUCCCUGGAAGAUAGGUACUCCGACAGAGUCUCCAUUUGGCAUCCCAUGCUCCGAGAAAGAAACAGGGUUGAACCGCCUAGACCAGAUUCAAUCCACAAUUAAGUCACUCGAUAAGAAGAGCAAGCUUUUGGGGCAGGUUGGAAUACCUCUUGCGAUGACUUGUACUCAAUGGAAAACGAAAGCAAAAGAACGCUACUCCGGAGACUUCAAGGUCAAGACAAAAUUUCCUAUACUUGUGAUCGGGAACACUUUUGACCCUGCUACAUCCUUUCCGUCUGCACAGAAUGCCAGUGCAACAUUCGAUGGCAGUGUGCUACUAGAGCAUGGGGGUUACGGUCACACAACUCUGAACCACGGCUCUGUGUGUACCGGAAAAGCAGUCAAAGGAUAUUUUAUGGAAGGUAUCUUACCUAAACCGAAUACUGUUUGUGAACCGGCCUACCCACCAUUUGCAAAAAAGACUUGGAAUGACAUAUUGGACCAGAUAUGAACAGUGGAUGAUUGAAGGAAGUAGAUAAUUGGUCAGUCAAACACCCGUGUAUGAAAUUACAGCUAGAGCCUCCUCAAUGGCUGCUUCGCUCUGAAUUGUCAAGCUUGUCGUUUCCUUAAGAUCUCCUUGAUAUGUUCUUUUUGUUCUUUGCAAUUUAGUCAGUCCUUUGGAAUAUCCCUAAUUUAACAUUAAUCGUACUGUU